CCAGGCCAACACAUUAGACCUCCUCAAGCUCAUGAAGCAGGCCAACUGAUCAUUCGGAAUCAACAUUUGCAUCACCCUCCUGCAUUGUCACCUCUAGCACACAGACGUGUGUCCAAUGUGAUUAGGAGGCACUCAUCAAACAGCCACUGAUCUCAAAAGAGAUUAGGGCAAGGUUAACCUUUUGUUGCUGACGCUUAUUAUAAUGUAGGAACUGCUAUGCGGAUAUGUCUUCAUUGAAUGAGUCACGAUCUAGUGACAAUGUCAGGCGUCCAAAUUUUGUAGGGCAUGUCAUUUCCCAUGCUGAUUCUAGUUUCCAGGGCAACAGAACUCUAGGCAAUGUGCACUCAUCACCAGCAGCUGCAACUCCAGAGCUAACAAACCACAGACCUAACUUCUUAUCAGCAGACCACGUAUAUAGGUUACAAGUGUUGGAAGCUAAUGAUGCGAUGCAGCCAGCCUUGAACAAUCAAAAAUCCAGGGCAGGAGGAAAUGAUAAUGCUGGAGGCCAGCAGGGUGGUGCAUCUGUUUAUAUCUCCCGAAGUUUUCGUCAGACACUACAGGAGAGCAACAAUCUAGUGAUGGCAGUGGCUGAGAUGGAAAAGAACAAGAAGUCUGCUAAAAAUGAGGAGGAUCUGUAUGAUCUGAUGGACAGUUCUGUUGAUGAUGCUAAGACAUUCCCAGUUCUUCCUCCAAUAUCACGCAGAAAUUCUGAUAGGCUGGAAAGGAGCGCCCAUCAAGGUUUGACCAUCAGGUCAUUGCCAGAUCUGAAAAGAAUCAAAUCCACCUUUGCUUCAAUCGCUGCCUGGGAAGGGGUUACAAGCCCUGAAGUGAUCGUGCACAUCCUUGAGACUCAUCCCAAUGUUGAUGUGAUCUACAUGUCUCCAGCUAUGCAACCCGAAGCUGCAGACUAUUCCCCUUACUUCAUGCACAUGGUUUCUCCUGGAAGUGUCGAUGUCAUGAACUAUUGUGUAGUUGGACGUCAGUUUGCCAUUCGCUACAUUAAAGGGAAAAAGCCACAUCGUCUGACCUUAAAACGCUGGAUGUUUGAACAGAAAGUAACAGUCAAGCUGAGGCAGAACAAUUUUUUCAAGAACUUUAGAAUACUCAAAGCAUUUAAUGGACUGGCUCAGAAUAUGGACAUGAGAAACUUUGGUAAAACUAAAAGAAGGCUGCGAAGCAUUUUAAACCUCUGCAACCCAGCUUUUGCUGACACGCUCCUCCUGGUUCAGACCAUGUGCCUUGACCUUGAGAGUCUGUCUAUGAUACAAGUUGACAAGGAGCUGACCUACACAUUGAAUGAGUUCAUGGAAGACCAGGAGCACUACACACGUGAGAUAACCUCCAAGAUUGAGAGAUACACCUCCAUGCUGCUACACCUGACUUCUCGCACCUGCUGGGAUGAUGCCAUCAGUGCUGGUCUGGCUGUAGAGAGAGAGGAGAGGAAGCACUUGGCACCCAAGAGGAUCAAUGAACUCAGGAAAAUGCAGAGGAAGAAAUUGAGCACUGUCUCUGGUACAUCUCAAGGAAUGCAAAGGCAUGUUCAAGAUGAGUCCAGCAUUGGCCAGUGGAUUCAUGUAGAAGCUAGUGAGGCCAAACAGUUUGAGAAGAUGAAAGAGGAGAAAUGUGUCCAGCUGACACGCUUCAUAUACAGCAUUGACUGUAUGCUGAGACAGGCUCUGUUCCAGAUCUAUUUAAACUCGUUAUGGAAAACAGCUGAUUACCUCAGUAUUCAAAUGAAGACAUUCCCAACAGAUAGUGACAUUAAAGCAUUAGUCAAAGGAUAUGUUGGUGAUCUGGAUAUUCAGCAUUUAUUUUUUAGCAGUGAUGAUGAUGAUGACGAUGAUGCAAAAGGUGUUACUGGAAGGCCUGGAGAUGCCCUGGGUGAUAAAGGGGAUAAGCAAGAGCAUCAAAAUAAUGUUCCAAAGAAUGGCAGUUUUCUUCCAGGGAAAGAGGAUAAGGACCAACCAGCACCACACAAGUCUCAAGGCACCAUGGAGAAUGAGGUAUCUACCGCCACAACAACUGGAGCCACAACAUUCAUGUCAUCCUCUGUGCCAACCAACUUCACGUCAGACUCCCACGGCCCCCUGACCAGCUCUACUGCUGCAGACAAUGCCUUGUACAUUCAGUUCAUCCAUGGGGAGCUUGGAAACGACUCUUUAGAUUCUACAACUUCAUCUUCACUGUCAGAUGAAGGGGAUGUUAAUGCCAUGGGCAACGAGGACAGGUUUGUGGCCUUCAAUGACCUAGACCUAAAUUAUCAGCCUGCUCAUCUUGAUGAUCUAAACACCAUGGUUGUCACAGGAACUGAAAUGCGAACUUACAGACUAGGUACUCAGAGCACAUAUCAACCUUUAACCAAUGAGAGCAUCCCAACCUCAACGGAUGACUUUCUCAGUGAGCAUGAGGAAGUUACCAUUGUUGAAAACGCCAACAUGUUUGAGUCGAAUGAUGGUGAGAACAGUGUGUUUGACCUCAGUACACCAAGAAGCAAUUUUUCCUCAGAGUUCAACAGUGAUGUGGCAUCUACUGAUUUGACCAUCACUUCAGAGGAUAGAGAUAGUCAUUCCAGAGCACCAAACAAUGCAAACGUUGUGAACACAUAUUUUAUUUCUCAGGUUAUGCCCAGGGUUCUUCCAAUCAGUUCUGACAGAGAUCUGAUGAACCCUCAAGGAAGUAUAACCAAGAAUCCCAGCUUAAAAUCUAAGCCUGACCAAAAGUUGAAUCUCAGUUCCAAACAUUACAGCAUCAAGUCUCAAAUCUUAAUGCCUACUGUUAUACAGAAACAACUUCACCCUUCUGAAAAACGUUCUGGAAACACAUCUCUGAAAGACAAAAAUCGAGACCAACCUACAAGCAAGACACACAACUUACCUGACGCCUUGGGUAUAUUGCGACCUCAUGAUUCAAAUGUAAUGGGCCUUUUUGGCCAUCUGUUCAGCCUAGCUGGAGAGUCUUCAGUGGACUUAACUGAAGACAGCCACAUUGAAGAUAUGCUGGAGUUUCCUAUUCUGGAUGGAACGGCUUGGGAGCCUGAAAAUAUUGACCAUUACCUAAGUGUAAGAAACUCUCACAGCAGCUCGGUUGACCAAGGCGGCCAUUUGGAUGUGCAAAAUAUCCAAAAUGCUUCAUCUGAUACUUCUAACAGCACUAUGACGAGUUUAAAAACUGCUGAAAACAAUUGUGGGAACAAGACCCAGAACAAAAUGUCCAGUGUUAAUAAUCCUGACCCAGAAGUUAAGAAAAAAACUUUGCAACCUUCCAACCCCACCUCAGAUACAGACUCCCAGCCCUUGGAUCUUCGCACGACUACCACAUCUGGAAGCAACACAAAUUUAGCCCUUUCUGGUGAGGUGAACAUUCUUGAUUUCUUAGCCAAAGAGAUGGACUACAAUUACUCUGAUGACAAUGUACCCCGAGUCAGGAGCAGCCACUCUUAUCCUUCAGCAUUUGUGGACAUCACAGAUGAAAGUGAAGAAAGCCAGAUGACUAAGCAGAACUCACUGACGGGCGAAGACACUCAUUUCGUUUACAGUUCGGGGAUCCCAGGAGCAAGAAAAGAUGGAGGAAGACGGAGGAAAAAAGGUAAAGCAAGGUUUCCUGAUACGAGUAGCUUGUCUUCAGGAGAAACAGAAUCUUCUAGUCAUGGGACCAUAUCACAAAGCACUGUGAAGUUUCAAGAUGCCCCACAUUCAACUAGAAAUGAUACUGGUUUUGUCAACACUGUUGCUUCUACACAGCUACCUCUGACUGAAAACAAAUUAAUAGAUAAAUCAUCAAAGAAGAACCUGGCUAUGAGCUGUAACAUUGACAAGCUCUACAGGUCAAGUACUGUUGAUCCCAACGAGGUCAACAUUGAAAGGAGGAGCCUAACCUCAGACACCUCAUCCACCAGUGAUGUUGCUGAUAUUGAUUUUGAAAGUCAUAUUUUUCUGCCCACCUCUCAGGAUUACAGUUGUAGUACUCAUGGUCGAAAAAUUGGGUCAAAGAAGAACCUGGCAAUGAGCUGUAACAUUGACAAGCUCUACAGGUCAAGUACUGUUGAUCCCAACGAGGUCAACAUUGAAAGGAGGAGCCUAACCUCAGACACCUCAUCCACCAGCGAUGUUGCAGAUAUCGAUUUUGAAAGUCAUAUUGUUCUGCCUGCCUCACUGGAUUACAGUUGUAGUACUCAAGGUCAAAGCAUUGGGCCAGAACGCAUUCAGAAUAUCAGCAUUGAGAAGGCGACAACAUUCGGUAAAAGUGAUCAGGAACCUUUGGAUAGUAAUAAUGGUAACGUUGGCCGCAGUGAUGAAGACGACUCAAGUAAAAAAGGGAACAGCCUGGCUAAUAGAGCAAGGAUAGCCAGCAGGAAUGUUUCUGGUGGAGGUGUUGGCAGCUACAGUAGUGUCCCUGGACCACCAAUGCCACCCCAAGGUACCCCAAGAUCAUGGAGUGAUGGGCUACAAGACAUCAAACCUAUGUUUCAUGCUGCUGUCCACCUUGAGAAGCAUGUGAUCUGUAUGACUCCAGAUGUGUUUGACUUCACAGGGGCUGCUUUCAACAUGAUACACGACAUGGAGGAGCAUCUGGUGAGUAUUGAGACUCUAACAUCAAACUGUGCUUUCCUUCCCUUUGUGAUGCCCUCUGUUGUGCCAGGGACCCCAGUGGACAAAAAUCCCAAAGGUCCAAGUUUGGAGAUUGUACUGCGGCGAGAUCAUCAGCUGGUGCAAUUGAAAAACACCAUCUAUGGAUGCAUUGACGCCAUGUUCCACUCUGCUGGCAUCUACACAGAGGCUCUACAGAAGCUCUUAACCAGGUAUUUUUUGCCAGAGGUAGAACUUUUUGGAGAGAUGGGAGCCAGGGAUGCUAUGCUCUUCCUUGAAUCUCUGCAGCUUCUUGAUGCCCAGCUGAAACUAUUAGAAAGACUGCCAGAGUCUCAACGUCUUGGAAUGUUUUUAUUUGACAUCAGUCCAUUCAAAGAGAGCCUUCGUGUAGCUCUGACAGUUCACCAGCAAACUGUGCAAGAGAAUGUGAACCAUGAGACAAUCAUCAGAAUACAAAGUCUUAUUAGGAAACUAGACAAUUUGCAGGCUCUGUUGGAGAGCCAUCCAUCAACACUUGAUGCCCUGUAUGUUCGGCUAACCACCACUGAUUCCAUCCAUGACAUCAUCCACUUGCUGCAGUCAAGAGAGAUCACCCAGAUUGCCAACCUCUAUAAUAUAAUGGAUAGGUUUGCUGUCCCUUACAAUGAGGAUGAGAGAAGAGUGUUUGAGUCAUGUCACUACAUGUUGACCAGUAUCCAGAGGGCCGGUGAGGUCAGUAGGAAGGAGAGAAAUCUAAUGAUAGAGGGAAUAGAGAAAUGCCUGGAGAGAGAUGUGGCUUGGAUUCACUCGCAGGUAAAGAAAAUAUUGAAACCUUUAACAGAAAACAGCCUGUUUCUUGACGGGUUCGCUGAUGUCAUUAAGGUCAAGCAGGCACUGAUGUAUGCUGAGGAAGUGGUCAGAUCCUAUGUCACCAAAGCAAAUUUCGUUAGAGAAAUCCAAAGAUACUUAGGGAGACCAGAGAGUCACUUUAGUGAACUGUUUCAACUGUCAGCACGCUAUGUCAACACUCGGAAUCUCUGGCUUCUAAUGGCUGACUGGGAUACCAAGUUUAACAACUGGAAGCGGCAAAGUUUUGUAACUCUGGACAUUCAGAAGAUCAACAACUACACUUUCAAGUACAUGGAGGCUUGUAACAAGCUGGAGAAAGUUCUGCCCAAAAAUACUGUAGUCUCUGUGUUUGGGGAGAAGAUGGAUAUAAUGUUACGCUGGCUGAACUUUAUCAUUGAGUUCAGAGGGCAGGCUGUCAAAGCACGCCACUGGAGGCAGAUUGAAGAAGUGUUAGGGGUGGAGUUUGGAGAUCAGCUUCCCUUGACCUUGGCAAGCCUUAUGUCCAUCAACGCCAUAGAGAAGCAGAAGACGCUCCAUGUCAUCCUGAACAAGGCCAGGGCAGAAAUGAAUGUUCAAAGUGAAUUUGAUGAGGUGAAGCAUCAGUGUGAAGAACUGAAACUGUCCAUCCAAGUCAAACAGAAGUUGUUACUGGAAGGAGAGGAGCCGGUCACUGUGUUCCUACUUGGAGACACAUUUGAGGUGGAGGAAGCUCUUAACUACUGUGUGAUGGAACUAGAGAGAAUUGACUUGUCCCCUCACAGUGGCUACCUCCAUGAAACGUUGGAGCAGUUCAUACAGCAAAUAUUUGAAUCUCUUGAGAACAUUGUCUCCUGGGCAGAGAUGCAGAUGAAACUGAGUCGACUUCGUCGCUUGUUGCUCCGGCACACUGAGUUGAUCCAGACACUUCCUGCGGAGGUGAAGAGAUACAAAGACAUAUUCAUGGAGUAUUCUCAUUUCAUGGAGUCUUUGGUGCCAGACCCGAGUGUUCUCAAGUGGUGUACAUCCCAUGAAAUGCGGGAUAUAGUUGAGGCUCACCACAAUGAAAUCAUCAGUUUGUACAGAGUGUUCAAACGAGAGAUAGAGCAACAUACAGGCAGUGAUAAUGCUGGAAGGGAUGUGCCCAUCUUUGGCUUAUGACUCACUGAGACUACAGGUCUCUAGAGAAACUAAAUGCUGACCUUUGGAUUGUCUACUUGAAUUCUGUUUAUUUUAUACCUCUCAGGAACUAUUGUAUAUACAUUUAUUCUAUAACAAAGUCUAUUUUUAACAUAGUUGUACUCAGGAUUAUAUUACAAUUAUGUGAUUG